AGCUCUCCUCCGAGAUGGCGGCGCUGUCAGUGUCUGGCGUUACCAGAAGAGGCCUGACGUGGAUAGUCUUAGGGGCACCACGCAGAGAAUUUUGGUCUCGAUUCAGAAAAGAGAAAAAGCUAGUGGUGGCUGAGACAGUAGAAGAAGUGAAGAAAGAGCCUGUUUUGGUGUGUCCACCCUUAAGAAGCCGAACAUACAUACCACCUGAAGAUCUCCAGAGUCGUUUGGAAUCUUGUGUCAAAGAAAUUUUUGGUUCCUCUGUUGGUAAUAGUUGGCAGGAUGUGUCCCUGGAAGAUGACCUUCUGAAGUUCAGUUUCUUGGCACGUUUAGCUGAUGACUUGGGCCAUGCAGUGCCCAACUCCAGGCUUCACCAGAUGUGCAGGGUCAGAGAUGUUCUUGAUUUCUAUAAUGUGCCUAUUAGGGAUCAAUCUAAAUUUGAUGAACUUACUGCUAGUAAUCUGCCUCCCAAUGUAAAAAUCACUUGGGGUUACUGAGCAGAAGAGGAGCUCAUUAAGAUCAUUUUGUCCUGAGCAAGGGGGCUGGUUAUUAAUUAGACUUUUGAUACGUUACCAUGUGAAAUGCUAUCAGAACUGUUCUCUAAACCCACUUUUUCUGUGGAAGGAUGAAUUAUCUCUUUUUCUCAUCAUGAAUUAACAAGAUUUUCUUUUUUCACGUUUGCUGGAACUUUGUUUUUUUAAUGGAAUCAAGUCUUUAAUCAUGUAUGAAAAUUUCCUUCUUUGGAGGACACUGUAAUUAAACUUGGGUUUAAGAUACAAGGCUAUUAUAUGUUCACACAUGGUCUUUAUUUUUUACGCAUAAAUUAGUAGAUGCAAAAACAGGUUUUAAUCCUGUUAGGACUCUUAAACCUAAGGUGGUAUUAAUUAUGUAUAGUACAUAUACAAAUGAGGAAACGUAGAUAUGUAUAAAAGAAAUGUAAAAAUCUCUGUUGUAUAUUACAGCAAGUUGUUUCUUUCAUUGCUUUACUACAAGAGUAAAAAUAGUAGAAAA